AUGAACGUACUUCAAACACAUCUGCUACAAACCGUGAAAGCACAUUUGAUAACACGCUCACGUAAGUGGAACACUAUUGAGGUAAACGAGGACGACACCGACUCCGGGUGGCGGCAACUUGAUGCGUCGUGCAACCGGACGCACGCCCGGCAUGGCGCCAAAACCUACAAACGCCACUGCCUAUCUGGUGCGGCGCCUAGGCUUGUUGCCAUGGUGGAGUCAGCGCCCCUGGGGCUGCUUGAGUCUACCGAGGAACUUGAAAACCGUCUGCUACAAUCAUAUGUGUCCCUGAUCAAAAAUCUCACGCAGCAAAACGCUUCCUCCAAUCCGGAGGACGCUCACGGCGGCAGUGAGAACCCCGCAGGGGCAGCUGCGGCACCAGGUGCGACAGCCGCCGCAGAAGCAGCGGUUGCCCGGCACGAACACCCUGGCGGCAACGAAACUGCAAAGGCAGAUGCGCUAACAGAUUCUGUCUUUUCGGACCUAUGCUACGUACCAGAGGACUUUAUGGUGCCGCCACACUGCAUACCCGUGCGAGCUGACGUCCGGUUUGCUGACUGGGACCAGAUCGCAGCAGCAGCAAACGGAAACUACGACGUUAUUCUGAUGGACCCUCCGUGGCAGCUCGCCACCGCAAACCCAACUAGAGGUGUGGCGCUCGGCUAUAACCAACUGAGCGACGAGUCGAUCCUGGCUAUUCCCUUGGAAAAACUGCAGCGUUGCGGACUCCUCUUGAUAUGGGUAAUCAACGCCAAGUACCGAGUGGCUUUACAGAUGUUCGAACGCUGGGGCUAUCGGCUCGUCGACGAAAUCGUAUGGGUGAAGCUGACGGUGAAUCGGCGCUUGGCGAAAAAUCACGGCUUUUAUCUACAGCACGCGAAAGAGACGUGCCUGGUCGGUGUGAAAGGGAACGACCUUUCCGCAUUGAGCACUGCACCGGGCAUGCCCCGACCAGAUGUGAUUCUCAGCGAACGUCGCGGACAGAGCCAGAAACCAGAUGAGCUCUAUGAAUGGAUCGAGGCGCUCGUGCCGAACGGCAAGUACAUCGAGAUAUUCGCCCGGAAGAAUAACCUGCGCAACUUUUGGGUCAGCAUUGGGAAUGAGGUCACUGGCGAGAGUUUCGAACAGGCGCUACCGCCUGAACUUUGCAAGCAGCUGCGAGAAGAACUCUCGACGUAA